AUGGCGUCUGGCGGGAAGGUUGAUAUUUCUCAGCUUCGAAACCUCGUUCGUCAAUAUAUCGACCUGCAUCUGUAUAAAACAGCAUUAUUUUGGGCAGAUAAAGCCGUUUCCUUAUCUAAUGGAAACAUACAAGACAUCUACUGGUUCGCUCAAACACUGUUUUUGACUGGCCAGUUCCAAAGAGCCGCUCAUUCCUUGAGGAGCAGAGGAGUUGUGCAGACGAACUUGGCCUGUCGUUAUCUGGCUGCAAAAUGUCAUGCUGAGCUGAAGCAGUGGCAAGAAGCGUUAGAGAUCCUAGAAACGGAGCAAAAAGAGUCGGGGGAUAAAGAACUUCCUACAGAGUUAAGCUUUGUUGGAGGUACAAAAAAACUGGAAAGUGCUGUUUUCUUGCUAAAAGGUACGGUUUAUGAAGCAAUGGAUAACCGAAGUUUGGCUACAGAGUCCUACAAAGACGCUUUAAGAAGUGACGUGCAUUGCUUUGAAGCGUUUGAUCUCCUUGUUUCACAUCACAUGCUAACUGAAAAAGAAGAAAGAUCGCUUUUGAUUUCUCUUCCCUUCUCAGAACAGUGCAUGCCUGAAGAAGUUGACCUCCUAAAAUUCUUAUAUGAGAGCAAAACAAAGAAGUAUAACAAGCCAAUUGAUCCCAAGCUUCCAUCUGGCUUGGAAAGUCUGAAUGACAACCUCGACAUAGUCACUGCAAUGGCAGAGCGGCACUUUUACAACUACAGUUACAGUCUUUCAUUCAAGAUGACCUCUGCCGUCCUCCGUUCAGAUCCCUAUCACGAGNCAAACACUGUUUUUGACUGGCCAGUUCCAAAGAGCCGCUCAUUCCUUGAGGAGCAGAGGAGUUGUGCAGACGAACUUGGCCUGUCGUUAUCUGGCUGCAAAAUGUCAUGCUGAGCUGAAGCAGUGGCAAGAAGCGUUAGAGAUCCUAGAAACGGAGCAAAAAGAGUCGGGGGAUAAAGAACUUCCUACAGAGUUAAGCUUUGUUGGAGGAACAAAAAAACUGGAAAGUGCUGUUUUCUUGCUAAAAGGUACGGUUUAUGAAGCAAUGGAUAACCGAAGUUUGGCUACAGAGUCUUAUAAAGACGCUCUAAGAAGUGACGUGCAUUGCUUUGAAGCGUUUGAUCUCCUUGUUUCACAUCACAUGCUAACUGAAAAAGAAGAAAGAUCGCUUUUGAUUUCUCUUCCCUUCUCAGAACAGUGCAUGCCUGAAGAAGUUGACCUCCUAAAAUUCUUAUAUGAGAGCAAAACAAAGAAGUAUAACAAGCCAAUUGAUCCCAAGCUUCCAUCUGGCCUGGAAAGUCUGAAUGACAACCUCGACAUAGUCACUGCAAUGGCAGAGCGGCACUUUUACAACUACAGUUACAGUCUUUCAUUCAAGAUGACCUCUGCCGUCCUCCGUUCAGAUCCCUAUCACGAGGCCUGCUUACCCAUUCAUAUUACAUGCCUGGUGGAGUUGAAGAAAACAAAUGAGCUGUUCUUUCUUGGACACAAACUGGUCGACAACUAUCCACAGAGGGCAGUCGCUUGGUACGCUGUGGGCUGCUAUUACUAUGUCAUUGAAAAGUACGAACAGGCACGCAGGUAUUUUAGCAAAGCUACAAGUCUGGAACGGGUUUAUGGCCCAGCAUGGCUUGCAUUUGGUCAUUCUUUUGCCGCGGAAGGUGAGCAUGACCAGGCAAUGGCAGCAUACUUCAUUGCCUCUAAGUUGAUGCCUCGAUGUCAUCUGCCACUUCUGUACAUUGGCCUUGAGUAUGGCAAGACCAAUAAUGCUAAGCUGGCUGAAAGGUUCUUUCUGCAGGCUUUGGCUCUUUCACCAGAUGAUCCAUUUGUUAAACAGGAAAUGGGGGUGAUUGCUUUCCAAAAUGGAGAUUAUGUUGCUGCUGAGAAGUAUUUCAAAGAAGCUCUCCAGAAAGCACAGGGUAACAGUGGAGAAGCCCUGGCAGAAACCUGGGAAACUUUGCUCAAUAACCUGGGCCAUGCUUGCCGCAAACUGGAGCGAUACCAAGAAGCUUUGCGGUAUCAUAAACAGGCUCUCAUUUUAGUUCCAAACAAAGCAUCUACCUNGAAGGUGAGCAUGACCAGGCAAUGGCAGCAUACUUCAUUGCCUCUAAGUUGAUGCCUCGAUGCCAUCUGCCACUUCUGUACAUUGGCCUUGAGUAUGGCAAGACCAAUAAUGCUAAGCUGGCUGAAAGGUUCUUUCUGCAGGCUUUGGCUCUUUCACCGGAUGAUCCAUUUGUUAAACAGGAAAUGGGGGUGAUUGCUUUCCAAAAUGGAGAUUAUGUUGCUGCUGAGAAGUAUUUCAAAGAAGCUCUCCAGAAAGCACAGGGUAACAGUGGAGAAGCCCUGGCAGAAACCUGGGAAACUUUGCUCAAUAACCUGGGCCAUGCUUGCCGCAAACUGGAGCGAUACCAAGAAGCUUUGCGGUAUCAUAAACAGGCUCUCAUUUUAGUUCCAAACAAAGCAUCCACCUACUCUGCUAUAGGAUUUGUUUAUAGUCUUCUGGGAAAUCAUCAUGAAGCUAUCGGCUACUUUCACAAGGCAGUUGGCAUUCAACGAGAGGACACUUUUAGUGUUCACAUGCUUGGUGAAACUCUUGAACAGCUUACUUUAGAGGCUGCACGUGUAGAA